UAUAUAUAUAUAUAUAUAUACAUACGCUGAUAAUUACAGAGUACCCCGCGAAAAACCCCACAUACUCCUGCAAGGAAAAACACCCAGGAUUUACUUACGAAUCUGUUUUUAAUUUAAGUAAGCUAUCAUAAAGAUGACAAAAUUAUUAUUAUUAUUUAUACCAUUAUUAUCAUUAUAUAAUCAUCAUUGGAGUUUACAAUAAUAAACUUUAUCAUUACAACCCCCAUUAGAAGUUAUAAUAAUAAUAAUUAUCAUUAUUAUUAUUGUUGUUGUUAUACACUGGGAAAACAAAAAUAUUUGCCGAAAUUAACAGCCAAAACAAGCGAGAAGGAAAAAAGUGAAUACAGAAGGAAAAAAAAGUUUUUUGCGGAAUCAAAAGUAAGAAAAGGGGAAAAAAAAAAUAAAUAAAACUUAAGCGAUUUUACUUUUAUCAAAAGAAUUUAUAACAGUUUUUUUGUUGCGUAAUAAAAAGCAACAAAUACUUUUCAUUUUACCUGGGAAACAGAAUACAAAAAAAAACAAAAAAAUAUUAACAAAGCAAAUGACGAAAACGAAUGAAAAAGCAGAAAAAGGAAAAAAAAUUCAAAUUUAAUAUUUCUAUUUUCAGUUUCGGUUGUUUAAGUGGAUGGUCUCCCUUUGAUUCAAGACGCUCUUCAAUACGCUAAAGCAUGUUUUCAUUCAGUGAUGUUGUAGCGUGGACACACAAGAUGGCAGCUUCGGGUAUUCUACCGACCUACCAACGCUACAUCAACGGAGUUCCUAUACCAAAUACGAGGCGGAUUCUUCGAUUCCGCGAAAAAUACAUCGUUCUGUUAGUAUUUGCUAUUUUUGUUACCGUCUGUUUUGGUGGUUUCUUCUUUCUGCCUGAAUUACGCGAUCGAGUCAAUGUAGAUACGUUAGCCAGAGGGGCUCAGCAAAUGUUUUUACCCGAACCGUUCGGAGGAACGCAUGGCAAUGGACAUAAACACGGUCAUUCACGGCAGAAUUCGUUGCAUCAAAUUAAUAAUAAUAAUAAUAAUAAAGGUGAUUUAACUCAGGGCAACUCGUCACACACGGGAAACCAACAACAGCAGCAACAACUAAAGAACGAUGGACUUAGUGGAGGUGUGAAAGUAAAACUCGAGGAGAGAUUAAAUAUAAGUAAAGACACAGCAGCCGAGUAUAAAAAAUUAAUCAAUUUGGACAAAAAUAAACUUCAGGAGAAAAUUAAAAAAGCUAAAAUCGAGCAGGAUAAACGUUUAAAGGAAAACGUUAUUUUUGAACACCAAGGCGGUUAUGGGGUGCAAGGAGGUGAGCCGGAUGACCCUGUGUACAAAGUUCGACGAGAAAAAGUUAAAGAGAUGAUGAAAUUCGCAUGGGAUAAUUACGCGAAAUACGCAUGGGGUGCUAACGAGCUGCGGCCAAUCUCGAAACGGAGCCACAGCGCCGGCAUCUUCGGCUCACUUUCUCUCGGUGCCACCAUUGUCGAUGGCCUGGACACUCUCUAUCUGAUGGGGCUUCAUGAGGAUUACAAAAAAGGCAGGGACUGGAUUGCAACGUCGUUCACCUUUGAUGGCUCUGCUGAUCUGUCUGUAUUUGAAACCAAUAUCCGCUUCCUUGGCGGCUUCCUCUCAGCCUAUGCUCUAACUGGCGAUAAGAUGUUCAAAGAAAAAGCCAUAGACGUCGGAAACAAACUGCUCCCAGCAUUUGAUACCCCAACUGGUAUACCCCAGUCCAUGAUCAACCUUAAAACUGGUGGCUCUCACAACUGGGGAUGGGCCUCUGGUGGUUGCUCAAUAUUGGCAGAAUUUGGUUCUAUCCACUUGGAAUUCAUAUACUUGUCUAAUAUCACAGGCAACAAAAUUUAUGAGCAAAAGGUUAUGAAAAUCCGAGAAACUCUACAGCAAUUAAAACGCCCACAGGGACUGUAUCCUAUCUACCUUAAUCCCAGAACAGGAAAAUGGGGGCAGCACCACUUCUCAGUUGGAGCAAUGGGCGACAGCUUCUACGAAUACUUGCUGAAAACCUGGCUCUACACAGGAAAGAAAGACACUGUUGCACGACAGAUGUAUGACGAAGCCGUUAUGCAUAUUGAAGCCACAUUGUUGCAAACCUCAAAAAGUGGUUUUAAAUACCUUGCAGAAUACAAAGUUAACCGAGUGGAACACAAAAUGGAUCAUUUAGCUUGUUUUGCAGGGGGCAUGUUUGCACUUGGUGCUGAGGGUUCGUCUGACCCUAAAAAGUACAUUGCUCUUGGUGAAGAAAUAGCCAGAACAUGCCACGAAUCAUAUAACAGAUCAUCGACGAGACUCGGUCCAGAAGCUUUCCGCUUUGAAGGACACACAGAGGCGAAAGCCAUGCGCCAAAAUGAGAAAUAUUAUAUCUUACGGCCAGAGGUUAUAGAAACAUACUUUUAUAUGUGGAGAUUUACGAAGAAUAAAAAGUACCGAGAAUGGGGCUGGGAUGCUGUCCAGGCUCUGGAGGCAUACUGUCGCACAGAAAAUGGAUUCAGUGGCAUCAAAGAUGUCUAUUCACAGUCUCCGGCACAGGACGAUGUACAGCAGAGCUUCUUCCUGGCUGAAACGCUAAAGUACCUCUACCUGCUUUUCUCUAAUGAUAGCCUAUUGCCGCUGGACAGCUGGGUGUUCAACACGGAGGCUCACCCGUUCCCCAUACAAAAAUCAGAGGCUUCGUGGAAACACUCUUAGCGUUAAAUCAAUUUGUACUACCGCUCGUCCCUAACUACCUCCCUUUCCCCUCAUUUCUUCACACUUACAUAUAUAUAUAUAUAUAUAUUUGUGUAUGUAUAUACAUGUACCAUAUAUACAUAUAUAUGUGUGUAUUUGUGUGUGUAAUAUGUUUUACAUAUAUAUAUAUAUGUGUGUAUAUAUAUAUAUAUAUAUAAAGCAUAUUUAAUCUGACCUUUUUGUUUUGGAAGGGAAGUUUUUAUGGGAGGGGGGAUUUUUUUUUUUUUGUUUCUCGUUUGAUUUUUUUUUUUCGUGGGAGGGGAGGGUUAAUAAAGAAAAAUUUUAAAAAAAAGAAGAUAAAGGAAGCAAGGGAGAACGUAAAAAAAAAAAUUAUAAAAGCAACAAAAAAAAGAAUUAAAAUUAAAUAGGUGAAUUACAAUAAAACACACAAAAAAAUAAAGAUAAACAAGGAAGGAAGAGAGCAAACUUUAUGAGAACGAAACGGUGCCUGUUAUAA